AUAAAGCAACACACAACACCUCAACUUUCAAUAAACAAACAUGCCUUCUUUCACUCAAGCAAUCCUCUUCCUAGCCGUGCUUGCGGCUGUGGCAUCGCCGUCGCAUGCGAUCACGUGCAGCGACGUGAUGAAGGACUUGAGGCCGUGCAUCAACUACCUCAAGAGCGGGAGCGGGACGCCGCCCCCUCCCUGCUGCGCGGGCGCCUCCAGCCUAGCCGCAUCCGCCACGGCCAAGGCCGACAAGCAGGACGCCUGCAACUGCAUCAAGAAUGCUGCUAAGAGCAUCACUAUCAAGCCGGGGCUCGCCAAGGCUCUUCCCGGAAACUGUGGGAUCUCGAUGCCCUUUCAAAUCUCUCCUAAUGUUGAUUGCUCUAAGAUCAGUUAAGAUGGAUGGAAGGAAAUUAAUGUGUGUGAUGAUGCAUGGAUUUAUGUUAGUGUAUGAGGAAUAAGAUGUAAUUUUUUCUCUUCUUUGGAGGCUAAUUGCAUCUCUUAUUUGUACUCUUCUUGUAUGCUCUUUUUGAGAGUAUACAUGCAUAUGUAUUUCUAUUUAUGUUUGUGAGUUUUUUCUUCAA